UAGAGGAGGAAGAGGGGACAAUAGAGGAGGAAUAGGGGACAAUAGAUGAGGAAGAGGGGGAAAUAGAGGAGGAAGAUGGGGUAUGUUCAGAGAGGAAAGAGACAACGGAAACUGGAUUAUCGGUACAAUUGUUGGAUUAACAGAAGGAAUAACUAAUUCUGUAGUUUUUUAUUUUGUUCGUGCCAACCAAAACCAUGUUGGGAGGGAUAUAAGAAUGCAUAUCUUUAAACUCCCCGUUGUGGAUAGAUUCUUCAGACUGGAGAAUGGAACAGAGUUAGAGUACACCAUUCAUUUACGCAAUGACAAGCCUGAGGUUGGGAGAAUGAAUAUAUUUAGGAGAAACUACCGAAAAAAUACCUUGCUCCAGGUCAUGGAGAACACUAUAGAGAGGUGUGAGAGGGAGGUUGAGCUUACGCCUAUGCUGCGUUCUCUUCACGCCUGGGCGUUCUUGGGGGAGAAAGUAAGAUCUGUUGAAGAUAUUCGUAGAUUUUUUAAAAUCUUGAAGCAGCUGAUUUCUAAAUGUAAAGCCUCACGUGGUCUGGUAAAGGAGACAUUAUCAGCAGCGUUGAACGGUCCCCUUCUCAACCACAUUAAUGGACCCAUCAAGGUAAAAUACUCCCUUCUCAACCACAUUAAUGAACCCAUCAAGGUAAAAUACUCCCUUCUCAACCACAUUAAUGAACCCAUCAAGGUAAAAUACUCCCUUCCCAACCACAUUAAUGGACCCAUCAAGGUAAAAUACUCCCUUCUCAACCACAUUAAUGGACCCAUCAAGGAGUACAUGGAGAGACUGUACACAGAUGAGGAUAAGAGUAAUGUACUGCAAUUGUUUGUAAAUAUUACAGAUUUGGUUCCCCAACAUAUGGGGCAAGUUGUUAGACUGCUUAAGGUUUGGUCUGUUGAUGAGAAUGAAGUAAACCAUUUUGAGCACGCUAUGCUGCAGAAUAUGAUGAAGAUGUUGAAGAACCUGAGCAUGAACUACUUGAAGCAGGUGGGCGGGGGUAUCGAGGUUGACCUGCUGGACUACCAGGAACUCCCUCUCAUCCCAACCAGGGAGGAGCUCGUCAACUUCUCCAACAAUCCUGUUCAGACAGGAUUACUCCCAGUACGGACUAGAGUAGGGUAUAGUAGUGAAGAGGAGUAUAUGGAGACCUACACCAGACUACAGAGAACGGAUGGGUUCCAUACACUCUGUGUAGGAAUACAGAAGUUCCUGAAGGGUGAGCUGGAUCACCGUGAACUGAAGGUUUACAAUAUUGUUCAAUUCCGAGGUCUCACACUGUCCAAGUCCUCCAGGAUAUCCUUAGCCCUUGAAGUACAACCUUUGAUGAAAGUCAAGGAUCUGAGUAUCUCCCGUCACCUAAUGACAGGAAACCUGUUGUGUAUCACCGUCAAGGGGGACUUCUCCGACCCGGUGUGGCCCAAGGUCUCCGUCCGGCACACAGAGACCUUGAAGAGGGAGAACACUAUUCUGGUGGAACUACUGACAGAGCACAACCAGGACUCAACCUUCUCCAUCAUGAGACGGUUACUAGGGAACGAUGGCAAGGCAAUGAUGGCGGAGUCUCCGUCCUUCUAUACGUCCUUUGGUCCUGUUCUCUCAGCUCUGCAGAAAUAUGAGAUUAAAAGUUUAGAACUGAAAGAUAUUAUUGUCAGGUGUGAAAGAGAUACUACUGGGCCCGAAUAUCUUAUUGAGAACAGAAUAAACCUGACAAGAUUUGUACCUUCGUUGAUACCUACUGAGAACCCCAAAUACAAGAGGCUGCAGGAGUGUAGUAGAAUAUAUAUUGACGAGGAUGGAAAGGAAACUGCUUCAGUUCAUGACUUUCUUGAUAUAUUGGACACUGUUCCAACACUAGAUUCAUCACAGAAGCAGGGUAUUCGUCACGUUUUGACCAACAAGGUUGGAAUAAUCCAAGGUCCCCCUGGAGCCGGGAAAUCAUAUCUCGGAACCAAACUGGCAGAGAUCCUGCUGAACCUGGAGAAACCCUCGACUCGUCCCAUUGUUGUGAUCACGUACAAGAACCAUGCUCUGGAUGAGUUUCUCAAAGGACUGCUGGAGAAUGGAAUCUGUAGUUUAGAUGAAAUGUGCAGAGUUGGUGGAGGAUCUAAAGAACCUGAGCUAGAGAGCUGUAAUAUGUUCAAGGUUAUGGGUCGAGGCCGGGCUAAAGACAUGGAGGCUGCCAACACACACAGGGAUAUCAUGGAGACCAACGACCUCAUUGGAGAACUCUGCUCCGAGCUGAAGGUUGCUGUUCAAGAACAUGGAGCUGAUCUUGGACUUAAACUUCAAGAUAUUGUAAACUGUUUGGAUGAAGAACAGUUAGUUAGAUUUCUAAUCCACGAGGAGAACAAUCAGGAGAAACUGAAGAAAAAUAUCGAAACUGCAAUUUUUGACUGCCAAGGGGGAAGUCUUCAUGAUAUAUGCAAUGGUAAGAAAUACAAUAAUUCAGUUCUAACUGGUUUAGUUCUAACUUAAACCUCUUAGUUCAUAAUUUGAUUUUAUAAGGGUAAGACAAGUUAUGAAUUAGUGAAUAUGCUUCCUUGAUAACCCUUUAAGAGACUCCGGGACUUUAAGCAUUUUUUCUAAUGACCCUUCACGCAAGCAUAACAAUAUUUGUGGUUU